AGGAGGUGUCCCGCAGCCCUUGCUGCAGACGCUGGGGAGUCAGGAGUCGCGGGAGGACGAGCAUUGGAGGAGAAGCAGAGAGAUGUCCACCCUGGGCUGGUGGCGCCGCUGGGCGCCCGGUUCAGUGUGGGCGCACUAGACUGCCGACCUCGGUCGGGGUGUGUGAACGGAGUGCGGUGCUCCGGAGCUCGGCCUCCUUCAUCUUCUGUCCUUCUUGAGACAACUGGCAAGAGGAAGACUAACUAGGUCCUCCAACAGCGAAGUGGCUGGUCCAGUUUGCUGACUGAUUCAGACCAGACAUGAUGAAUCACAUGAUGAGGAGAAGUGAGCAGACUAUCCAAAGGUUGUGCAUUUGUUCAAUCCAUCUGCAAGUGUUGAUACUCAGCCCAUUUGGGACAGAAUCAUGCCAGGCUCUGGCACUCCAGAAGUGAGUGGUAUACUCCCUACUGAAUGAGAACUCCUUUUACCUACCUGGAAAGUAAGGAAACGUGCUUAGCAAAAGAGCUGCCUAUGCUUGCAGGGAAGCGCUGCCUGGGGAGGGGCUGACACGCAGAGCGGGCCCCUGGAGCUGGGUUGGUGUUUUCCCCGGCCCACAGGAAGGCCCCAGGGAUCCAGGGGGGCGGGUUCCAAGCCUGCAAAGAGCUAGAGAUCUUCCUGUACUGAAGGAUUUGUGUGCGUAGACCCACAUUUUCAAAGCUCAGGGACUUUCCUUAAAACUAUAGUGACAUGGGAACUGAAAACAAAAAUGCUCCUGUCCCCUCAAAUCCAGUUCAGAAAUUCACGGUGGGAGAGGAAAUAGCAGGGACCCAACUAUAGGAAAGUGUGUGAUCAGCAAAUUCUCUCCCUGUAGGCAAACCUACAUGGGAAAUGAAAGCAUAAUGAGGAGGUUGAUGGGUGAGUAUGAAAUCAGAACAAAAGGGGUAGAAGAACCUUGAUAGCACUGGCCUUUAAGACAGCCAAGUGCGACCACCUGGUCAUUGUGAUGCUGGUUGCUAUGGCGAUCAGAAGACCAGACUCUUUAUUUAUUGCCCUGUUCUCCACCAUCUCCAUUCAGGCUAGGUCUGAUUAGAGAAGAUCUCUUGCCUGUAGAUGGUUGGAUUUGCCAUGCAUUGUGACUUAAAUUCCCAUGCCCCUCUCCCCUAAAAUAAAUAAGAUCAGCUGGCCAUUCAGAUAAGGUCAAACAUGUCACGCUGGUCUAGAAGACAUUUUGUGUCUUUGAAGUAGCCUUGUCUUAGUGCUGAUCAUGAAACUUGAACACUUAGCUAUUAUUUCCUCUCUUUCUGAACUUUGGGGAAACCCCUCAAGAAUGGACAACAAUAAGGAGAUUUGGCUGGAGUGUGGUAAGUGCUAAGCUUAUGUUGGGUAGAAGAAGCCCAGGAUGUUAUAGAGAUGACCUGGAAGAGCCACUAGACUAGAGGGUAGAGGUCAUUCAUUCCUUACUCACUUUCCCAUGUCAGAUUACUGCCCUCCCCCCCCCCAAAUCCCAUAUAUACUCCUUUCUUAUUUUUGAUUGGACCAGACUGGACACUUAAGCUUAGAGAGGUAGGACCAGAGGCUAGUUCCUAGAGACCCAGUUCCAAUGCCUAUGCCCUAGGGAGUCAUCCGCUUCUUAAGUCGUCCCACGACGACGAAGCUAGCUGCCCUUGUCCUAAGCAUCCCAGCUGACCCUUGAGUGUAUGUGAGUGGGAGACCCACUACCAGAAGAAAGCAGGCUGAAGCACGCACUUUCCAAAGGGAGCCUUGGGGUGAAGGGACGCAGGCUGAUGACCCUGUUGGGGUUAGGGCACUGAACCUGAGAGGUGAGGUGAGGCCUGGGACUGGGACAGCACUGGACUCCAUGAACACACUGAAGUAGAGAAUGCCGGUCUGCAGAAAGAGGCAGGAGACUGGAGCAAACGAGAAGAGAGGAGGAGGAGGAGGAGAGACUGCACACCAUGCUGUCCCUGAGAGAUGACAAGAGUAACCUCCUCGGUUCCUGACUUUAAAGUUCUCAAUUCCAGCCCCCUUUAAAUGAGGCAGACCCUCACAGCAAGAGGAGAUCAGCCGGCCAUCCCUGAAAAGCUCAAGCCCUUGGGUGUGAGCAAGACAGACUGUGAAAAAGUCACCACUCCACCGGAGAAUUACAAGAUGUACCACCAGGAAGACGACACCAACAGUGACAUGACCAGUGACGACGACAUGAGCCGUUGUGGGAGGGAAACCCCACCACCUCGAUCAUCCCAUUCUUUGAGCAGUGACCGAGACCAGGAGCGCAGGGGCAGAAGCAGAGAAGUGGAGCCUCGAGACCGCUGGCCAUACAUCAGGAAUCCCAGAAGCAGGCUGCCUCAUCGGGAUCUUUCCCUCCCUGUGAUGUCAAGACCACAUUUUGGACUGGAAAGAGAUGAUGACAGACGUUCCAUGGAUUAUGAGUCUCGAUCCCAGGAUGCUGAAUCAUACCAGAAUGUUGUGGAACUCAAAGAGGACAAGAAGCCUCAGAAUCCAAUUCAGGACAACCUGGAGAACUACAGAAAGCUGCUCUCACUGGGAGUACAGCUUGCCGAAGAUGACCGACACUCUCACAUGACACAAGGCCACUCUUCGAGGUCCAAGAGAAGUGCCUACCCAAGCACCAGCCGAGGUCUGAAACCCAUGCCUGAAGCCAAAAAGCCGGCCCACCGACGCGGAAUCUGUGAGGAUGAAUCUUCUCAUGGAGUGAUAAUGGAAAAAUUCAUCAAGGAUGUGUCACGCAAAUCCGCAAGAGCGAGGGAGCUGCACGAGCGUCCUCCUCCUCCUCCUCCACCUCCGAGGUUCCCCAGGCCCAGUGACAACUGGAAGGACGGUGCGUCCAACAGAAGAGAGUCAGUGAUCCAGGAGAGGGGUUUUGAGGGGAGCGCGUACAGGGGUGGCUUCCGGUUCAAUGCAGACCUGAUUUCCAGAAACCGAGUGCUGGAAAGGAAGCGGCGUUAUCACUUUGAUUCUGAUGAGAGGGGUCACGAGCAUAAGAGCUGUGUGAGGAAGAAGCCUUUUGAGUGUGGCAGUGAGAUGAGGCAGGCUAUGAGCAUGGGUAACCUGAGCUGCCCUCCCGUCCCUGAGUCUCAGCCGAUCGAUUUUCCGGCAGAUCCGUAUGUGUGUGAUGAGUGCGGGAGGUCGUUCAGUGUCAUCUCUGAGUUUGUCGAGCACCAGAUCAUGCACACUAGGGAGAAUCUCUAUGAGUAUGGAGAGUCCUUUAUCCACAGUGUGGCUGUCAAUGAGGUACAGAAAGGUCAGGGCGGGGGGAGACGCUUUGAGUGUAAGGAGUGUGGAGAAACCUUCAGUAGGAGCGCAGCCCUGGCAGAGCAUCGCCAAAUCCAUGCUAGGGAGUACCUUGCCGAAUGCAAUGACCAGGAGAACGAGGACACCAUCAUGCCUAGCCCGACCUUCAGCGAGCUGCAGAAGAUAUAUGGCAAAGACAAGUUCUACGAGUGCAAGGUGUGCAAGGAGACCUUUCUGCACAGCUCGGCCCUGAUUGAGCACCAGAAAACCCAUGGCAGAGGCAACUCAGACGACAGAGAGAAUGAGCGUGAGCGCGAACGCCAGCGCAUGCGUGCGCGUGCACGGGAGCUGCGCGAACGCGAACGCGGGGAACCCUUUCUGACCUGUCCAAACUUCAAUGAGUUUCGGAAGAUGUACAGGAGAGACAAGAUCUAUGAAUGCAAGGUGUGUGGGGAGAGCUUCCUUCACCUCUCGUCCCAGGAGCAUCAGAAAAUCCACACUCGAGGAAACCCCUUCGAAAAUAAGAGCAGGAUGUGCCAGGAGACCUUUGUCCCAAGUCAGUCCCUCAGAAGGCGCCAGAAAACUUACAGGGAGAAGCUGUUCGACUUUAACAAUGCCAGAGAUGCACUGAUGGAAAGCUCAGACCCCGGUGACCACCAGAAAAAUCGUUCUCGAAAGAAUUUCUUCGAGGGCAGGGGAUAUGAGAAGCCCUUUGCCGAAUCUCAGAAGAGUCAUACUAUAACAAGACCACCUACAAACGAAGAUGACAAGCCAUUCACCAUCAGUGUCAACCCCAAUGACAAGCCGAAGUCCCCUACCAUGGAAAACGGCUCCCAGGGGAGACCCUAUGAGAGGCCUGUCAUUCACAGCUUGGGUCCUGCACUACCUCUGAAGAGUCGCGGCGCAUUCGGGUUCCCUAAACCAAGAUCAGUGACGGAGUCUAGCACCCAGACCACGGGAGGCAUUCUCCCCAGAAUCCUCUCCAGAGGGAGCAUCUUUGAAGGAAAGGAAUUCAAGAGAUCCAUCUUCCACAGCUUGCCUGCUCCCCGACCUCUGAAACGUCAUAGGGCAAAUGACCUGCUUGGAUGCUACGAUGAGGAGGGCGAGUCCUCCAUUUACAUCCCAGAGCUGAGCAAUAAGCGUCGGAAGAUUCCUACCGGAGAAGACACUUAUGAAGGAAGCAACAGCAGCAACCACACGGAUUCCAUCCCCCCGGGUGUACCCCGCGCUGAGCCUCCAAGCCUUUCUGGAGAGCCCCGUGAAUCUAAUCAAGAUGUCACAUUUUCAGUGCCCAGCUCAAGUGUUCGCGAACACCAGAAGGCUCGUGCCAAAAAGAAGUACAUUGAGACCAGGAGCAGUGAGGCCUCUGUAAUCCACUCCCUGCCUUUUGGUGACCUGCAAGCAUUCCGCCGUAGAGCGAAGUUCUUUGAGUGUCAGGAAUGUGGGGAGGCCUUUGCUCAUGGGUCUGACCUCAUCGAGCACCAGAAGAUUCACGACAGAGAAAGACCCUCUGGGAGCCGACAUUUCGAGCGAUCUGUCAUCCGCAGCCUGGCCCCUAGCGACCCUCAGACCAGUUAUGCCCAAGAACGCUUCAUUCAAGAGCAAGUGCGCAAAUUCAGAGAAUUUGGACAACGCUCUGCUACCAGCAACAACCUCAGUGUACAGAAAACCCAUACCCAAGAAAAAUAUGCCGAGGAGCCCCAUGAUAAACAAACUCAUGGUCAAAAAAUUCAUGACAAAGAGCCCAAUGGCCAAGAACCCCAUGGCCAGGAGCCCCAUGGUGAUGAGCCCCAGGACAAGGAGCCCCUUGAUCAGGAGAUGCGCAACGAAGAGCCCCACGGUGAUAAGCCCAAUGGCCAGGAGCCCCAUGGUGAUGAGCCCCAUGACAAUGGACUCCUUGAUCAGGAGAUGGGCAGUGAGGAGCCCCAUGGUGAGGAGCCCCAUGGUGAAGAGUCCCACGGCCAGAACAAGAAAGACACUACCAUUCAGGCCUCAGGUUCUGAUGACCACAAGAAAGAUGACGCCGGCGACAUGAUCUAUGAAUGCCAGGACUGCGGACUGGGCUUUACUGACCUCACAGACCUCACAAGCCAUCAGGAUGUCCACAGCAGAAAGGAUCUGGUUGACAGUCGCGAAUACGCACCCUCCGAAGUUCGCCACCCCGUCAGCGAAUUUGAGAAUAAAUGCUCUGGAGAGAAGCUGUACGAAUGUCCAAAAUGCGGGGAGUCUUUUACUCACAGCUCACUGCUUCUCGAGCAUCAGAGAGUCCAUGAAGAAGACCAGCUGUAUUCUGUAAAGGCCUGCGAUGAUGGUUUCAUCGCUCUCCUGCCGACGAGGCCAAGGAGGAAUCGCGCUGCAGAGAGGAACCCGGCCGUUACUGGGUCAGCCAUUCGAUGCCGUCAGUGCGGGCAAGGCUUCAUUCACAGCUCCGCCCUCAACGAGCACAUGAGACAGCACAGGGAUGACGAAAUGCUGGAGCAGAAUGAGUUGACGGAGGAGAUUUUCAUCCAAGGCCUGGCCCUCACCGAGUACCAGGGAAGCGAGACCGAAGAGAAGCUUUUUGAGUGCACGAUCUGUGGGGAAUGCUUCUUCACUGCCAAACAGCUCGGAGACCACCACACCAAAGUCCAUAAGGACGAGCCCUAUGAGUACGGGCCCUCCUACACCCACGCCUCCUUUCUCACCGAGCCCCUCAGGAAGCACAUCCCACUGUACGAGUGCAAAGAUUGCGGGCAGCCCUUCCUCGACGACACGGUCAUCACCGAGCGCAUGGUGUUCCACCCCGAGCGAGAAGGGGGAUCGGACAUAGUAGCCGCCACUGCCCAAGAGGUCGAAGCCAAUGUCCUCAUCCCACAAGAAGUCCUGAGGAUCCAGGGGUCAAAUGCAGAAGCGGCCGAGCCGGAAGUGGAGGCCGCCGAGCCGGAAGUGGAGGCUGCAGAGCCUGAGCUGGAGGCCGCAGAGCCCAAUGGAGAGGCCGAAGGGCCAGAUGGAGAAGCUGCCGAGCCCGACGGAGAGGCGGAGCAGCCCAAUGCAGAGGCGGAGCAGCCCAAUGGCGAUGCCGAUGAGCCAGAUGGAGCCGGCAUCGAAGACCCAGAAGAGAGGGCUGACGAGCCAGAGGAAGAUGUCGAAGAGCCGGAGGGAGACGCCGACGAGCCUGACGGUGCAGACAUCGAAGACCCCGAAGAGGAAGGCGAAGAUGAAGAGAUUGAGGUCGAAGAACCGUACUACAACUGCCACGAGUGCACAGAAACCUUCGCCUCCAGCGCAGCCUUCGGCGAGCACCUGAAAAGCCACGCCAGCGUGAUCAUCUUCGAGCCCGCCAACGCUCUCGGAGUCCCCGGCUACCCUGAACGCGCCAGCACCAGCGCCAGCGGGGCCGAGCAGGCGGAUGAUGACAAGUAUUUCAAGUGCGACGUGUGCGGGCAGCUCUUCCAAGACCGCCUCUCCCUCGCCAGACACCAGAAUUCUCACACUGGCUGAGGAAACACAGAAGAAAACCAAACCUUCCUCCCAGAACCAGACCCUUAAAACACUCACAGCGAGAGCCUAAACCAACCCAAAAUGUUAAUAGAAAUUCAUCUUGCUUAUUCUCAUACCGGACUUCUCAUCUCAUCAUCUCAUUGGAGAACUCAGACUGAAAAGUAGAGAUUGAGAGCAGAGACUUCUUUCAGUCUUAGCUCUUCCCUAUGGACAUCAGUGUACAUUCAGGAAAGAUAGAGCACACAUCUCAUUUUUCAUCUCAGUAACUAACUAGAUUGAGGGAAAACCCAGUGCAUAUUCAAGACCACAGAGGUUGCCCCAAUCGACUGUAAAUGGCAUCCCUUUCAUACCCCAUACAUGAUUCAUGCCGUGUAUAUAAAUGAGCAAAUCACAGCGAAUCAUUGAUACAUAUAUUUGGAUUUAGUGUGCUAUAUAUAGAAUUUACAGUUUACUAUAUACAGAGCUACCUAGCCUGGGGCUCUGAUUUUUUUUUUUUUCCUGAGGAGGAAGAGAGCAACAAUUUAGCAUAUAUUUGUAAGUGUUGUCCAUCCUGCGGAAGCUUUACUGUGCAUCAUUUGAACCCCAUUAGUAUCCUUCCCAGUAAUGGACUAUUUUGUCCCCUACCUCUUAGAUAGUCCUGUGAAGGUGUGAGUGUGAAAGAUCAUGUGUCUUUGAAUCCUGGCUGUGUGGAAAAAAAAGACAUUUAACUUCCACAGCCAUUUGGUGUGCACCCAACCCCCCUUGAGACUGACUGUGUAACCCUUUACAAUAUGUGGAUUUGUCUCUGUGACCCGACCCAUCACCACAUUUUAUAGACCUUACCGUGGUUUUCAUGCAAAAACAAAAACAAAAACAAAAAAAUAUGUUACAUUUCAGGUGUUCUUUAAGGUUUGGGUUUUUGUUUUCUAACCCGUUCAUCGUGUGUUUGAUUGUGAAUUCCUGAGACCUGAAGCUUUGCCCUGUAAAUCUUCGUGUCUUUGCCUUUAAAGAGUGGGUGACAACCGUCGCUAGAUCACAGCAGUGCCUAAUGAAGGUUGAGAACCACAGGAGAGGCUCUUACGUUGUAAAUAAGGAAGCGGACUGGCAACCUUUCAUUAACUCCGCUGUGUGCUUCCUGCCUUAAGUGACAAGUGGCAGCGUCGCUUGAGUCACCUGUGUGGUGUUGUGUGUGCUUGCCACAAGUCAGUGUGCUCCCUGGGCGCCCAGGAGCUAGUAUCCUUAGACCUUUGUAUCUCCAAACUUAAUCCCCCUGUUCUUUAUGUGUCCAUCAACCCCAAGUCAAACUUGCAUUUUAAAAAAGCAAAAACACACACACACAAAGCUUUCUUUAUAGUUAAUCCUAGCUUAACAUGGACUCAGGUUCCCCAGCAGCCUUAAUUUUUUUUGUUCCCAUUGUUCUUUCUCAUUGAGCCCUCCUAAGUAUUUCUGAGCUUUCCAUAGAGUGUCACGUCUGUCUUGAUGUCAUUGGUUGUCCUCUUGAACACAAAAUGACUUCCCAGCUUGAGAUUUCCUGCGUCCUAUACAUGGACUGCCUGCGCUCCUUUACUUCCCCUCCCCUCGCAUAAUGGCUAUAUAAAAGACAAUUUUUUGGCCUUCUGUUGGCUGGG